UCACAUGAUAUGUUUCAAAAUGGCUGAAUUAGUUGUUUAUGUUGACAAAAUUAGGCUAACAGUAACAUCGAGUUUUUCUUUCCGGAAAAUGUUAUUAAUGAAGCAUUGUGACUGUUGAAAUGAAUCCCUACAAUUCUCGAACUCGUCAUAAAAGUGACAUAAAAAUUACAGGAGAAAAUGCUGUUGGUAAAAGGUUAUCUGACGACGUUCAAUCUUUAAAUUCUUGGUCAGAGAAAUUUUCCACCUCAUCGUCUGAAUCAGGCUCUUGUCAUGAACAAGGUGGGGCAACAUCUUCUCACGAACCUCGGCCUAAGGAUUUUGGACCUAAACUUAAAUCUAUGUUUCAUUCAUUGAUAACACCCAAGACUGAUUCUAGUAAUUCAAGUGUCAAUAAAAAUAAAAAGUACACACACACAGCAAGUGCAGCUUAUGAAUGUGAUAAUGUCAAUGAUGAUGUUGAAUGGUCACCUUCUUUGCCUAUUACUGAUGAUCUUGCGAAAGAUCAUGUAAAUUUUGCAUAUGAAUCAACUUUGAAUAAACAAAAUGGAUUCGAUGAAACAGACAGCUGUAUCCCAUUUCGACAUCAUAAUAAUGGUAAAGGAAGUGCAAAGAAGCAAAUUGUAACCAAUUGUGCUGUAUCUAAUACAAAAAAAUUGUAUCCAUGUCUAGAAAGUUUUAAGCACUCUGAUACCAACAAAGAAAUUACAUCCAAUACCGCAAGUACUUCUACAAAGUCAUCACAUCCUGCACUAGCUGUACGAUCAGAAAAAAAGAACUUAUCAGAGGAAAAUAAUCAUAGAUCUCAAGUUUUAAAUAAUACCAUAGCACAAAGGUAUGAAUCCAAUGAGCCACAGAAAAAUUCUACACCUUUUCAAAAGAAAAUGUUUCAGGGCGGCCGUACUGAAUCAACAUCACUUCCUGUAAGCCUCUCUCAUGCACAGAAUGAAAUAUCUCCUAAUCUUUUGUCACAGUACGCCAAGUCACAAAAGGUAGAUUACUCGUACCCCCAAGGAAAGGCUACGUCAGUGGACAGACUACAUAAGUCUCAACCCCUUCUAUCUACUUCUCCACAGCUAAGAAGGCAACCAACAUCUUCUAAUGAUUUAGAGUCAUACAAACAAUCAUUUGAACAUCGCAUUGAACCAGAAAAUGUUAAAAUGAAAGUAAAGUCAGUUUGGAAUAAUAUUAAAUAUGGAUGGACAUUCAAGUCAAAACCUAGUAUUAAAUAUGAUAGCCCAUUGUUCAUGCUUGGGAAAUGCUACCACAGAAGAAAAGAUGAUCCUAACACAGAACCAGAGGGAGACUUCCUUAAAGAUUUUAUCAGCCGUAUAUGGUUAACGUAUAGGAGCAAAUUCUACCCCAUACCUGGUACAAAAUUCAACACUGACUGCGGCUGGGGCUGCAUGCUACGGAGUGGUCAAAUGUUGAUUGCACAGUGUCUUGUAACCCAUUACCUAGGAAGAGAUUGGAGGCUACAUGACAAACAAACAGAAGCAGAGUCAACAUUUUAUCGAGAAAUAAUUCGAUGGUUUUCUGAUCCCAUUGACACACCUUCUGAUAAAACACCAUUCUGUUUGCAUCACUUGGCUAACUUUGGUAGAGCUUAUAACAAAGACCCAGGUGAAUGGUAUGGUCCAGCUUCUGUGGCAUACAUUUUCAGAGAUGCCUUUACCAGAGCCAGCGAGUGUAUACCAAUCCUAAGCAAAGUUUGUGUUUAUGUUGCUCAAGAUUGUACAGUGUACAUAGACGAUGUGUUAAAACUUUGUACUGCAAGGCCAAGGUCAGAGAGUUUAAAUGACUCAGCAGAAAAACACCCAGUGGCAGGUGACACAGCCUGUGGUCCUGAGAGUCUAGAUGGUGCGUGGCAGAGAUCCCUGAUACUCCUUAUUCCAAUGCGACUGGGAGGGGAGGCAAUGAAUGAGAUCUACAUUCCUUGUGUGAAAAGUCUGUUGAGUCACAAUAACUGCAUGGGGAUUAUAGGUGGAAAACCAAAACAUUCCUUGUAUUUCCUCGGCUGGCAAGAUGAUAAACUUAUCUACUUAGAUCCUCAUCUAUGUCAAGAUGCUGUAGAUACCAGUGAUAAAAACUUCAGGAUUGAGUCAUUUCAUUGUAUGUCUCCAAGAAAACUCACCAUAAGUAAAAUGGAUCCUAGCUGCACUGUUGGAUUCUACAUUAAAAAUGCUCAAGAUUUUCAGAAGUUUGUUUAUGAAGUAAAAGAGUUUAUUGCACCACCAAAACAAAAGGGCUCGUAUCCUUUGUUCAUAUUCUCUGAGGGCAGUCAUGAUGAGGCUCCAGGACAUUCCCACACUGGUGAAGACAGGGGCAGAGUCAAAAUAACUCAUUACUAUAUUGAUGAAGAUGGUCAGAAGAAACGAACAUUUUCUCAGGAGUCUGAAGAAUUUGUAAUGCUAUAAUUUUAAUGAUAAUGGUGAUGGAAAAUAAAAAAAGUUGCCCAAAUGGCAUCACUGAACAAAAGUUGUGUUUUAUCAAGAACUAUUUAUUACUAAAAAAAUUGCUUGAAUGGUCACAUAAAUUAUUUUCACUGAUAUAAUUGUCAUUUUAUUAAAAAUAAUUUGUUAAUUUAACAUCCAGUGCUUUUAGAAACCAAUUAUAUAAAUAUUGUAUUUCAAUACCUUUUACAAGUCAGAUCAAGGACAUCGGUCUAUAUCAUUCUUUUUAUUACAAAUAUAAAACAUCUUUUCUGUCUCCUAAACAUGAGACAUUAGUGUUGUACAUCAAAUCUCUCCAUCUUGCUACAACUAAAAUGGUUUGGCUAAAGUUGCCUCCUAUAGAUGUAACAUUUUUCUGAGAUGAUUUUUUAAAAGUUAUUUAUUAUUCAAAUAUUACAUCAAAUAUUAAUUAAUACACUUUAAAGCAUUUUGUCAAGCUUAUAUGCAGGUCAAUCAUUCAUGUUUAAAUUUAGUAAGCAUUCUUUUAACAGUUUUCUGCGCAGUAAAAAUUUGGCAAUGGUUACAAUCUUUUUUUAUUAGUUGAAAUGUGAAAAUAAACCUUCUUGAACUUUCUUAAAAAAUAAUUUCUCUACCAUCGUUUCAUAUAAACUGUAUUCUGAAUAGAAAAUAGUUUGCCUGUUUUGUAUUUUUAUAAAUACAUCGGGUCAACAACAUAUUUCUACCACUUAUUCUCUGGUCAACAACAUAUUUCUACCACAUAUUCUGUUAUUAUUAUAACAUGUUUGUAAAUUAUUCUUCAUGUAAUUAACUGCCUUAUGCAUUUAAAAGCAUUUAACUUUGGUUAAUGAAAAACCUUUUUUAAAAUUUAUUAGACUACACACUUUGUUACAGUAAAGUGGCCUGUGUAAGAAUAUGUUUUUAUGUAUGUAUAAAUGAAGUUUAUAUUUAAGUAUGAACAAAAAGGUUCAGUUGUUGUGUGCCAUGUAAUAAUCACAUUAGAAUAGUGUAAAUAUACUUGAUCUCUUGAAACAAUUCCACACAUGGUUGAGGUACCAUUACCAUUCACUGUAAAUAUUAUUUCCUUGAUUGUAAAUAUAACAUGAAUGCAUAUUCCAACACACAUAUUUUAACACCCACAUAUGUGUGUGUGUGUUAAAUAUGAAACAAGUGCAGAAUUUUAUAGGUAACUUAAAUUGAUUUUUAUUUUUGAUUAGUGGUUGGUCAUCUCCUGAACCCCUACUGCACUUUUAAUUAAUCGUUAUGACUAAUUUCAUGGCUUGCUUCAGUGAAAUUAGUGGUUAAAAUGUGUCAUUUAUAUUAAUUGUUAUAUCAAGAAUAAUUGUCAACUUUAGUGCAGCUAACUAAAUAUUAAUUACAGAAUAAUAUUUAAAAAUAUCCCUUUAUGUGGUCAAAUGGUAGAGCAUACAGCUGCUAAUCCGUAAAGUCUGGAGUUUGAAUCUGGGUUCUAGUCUGUAGAAUGUCCCUCAAUCCACCUGGCUCUGUUAAGUACUUGACUCACAUUAGGGAAUGUAAUACCUUCUGGGCAUAGUGCUGACCACACUAUUCCUUGAUAUGCUGAGGUCACAGAAACAGGUGAACUCUACUUCACUUGCCCCAUCAAAAGGAAACACACUUUUAAAAAGUCUGUGAUUCCUGUGUUCAAGCAAAACUAAAAAGUUAAGCACAACUAGUACGUGUAGCCAGCCCCACUAAGCUUGAAUUAGAUUAUCUCUGAGAGAGAAACAUGUUGAGUUUUGUACUAAAUUAUAGCCUUAGACUCUGGUUGUUGAUGUGCAGGCUGUACAUUUUUUUAUUUUCUACUGUCAAUGACUAUACACAAGCUACUGCUUGUUCUCCAGAGAAUUUCAAAUUUUCAAUUUUAUUUUGAACUAAUGAGUUCUCUUGCAUCAGUUUAUACAGAAAUAAAAAAAAUAUAACAUAUUACAUAUUUCUUAAAAUGAUAUAGUUGGCCUGUUCUCUAGUUUAUCAAAAGCUCGCCUGAAGUAAUUACCAGAGAAAUGUAUUUCCCUUGCUCUGGUAUAAGAAUUGCUUCUUUACGCCAACCCAUAAAUACAUUGUGUGCAUUAAUUCAUAAUAUGACACCCAAAAUAAAAUGGUUAUUGAUAAAGUAAAUCAUGUCAUUUCUUUAAAUUAUAUAUAAUAAUCUUUAUGAAGUUUCUCUUAAAUAUUUUUUAUAUUACUAUUAACUGUGAUAAUGUUUCUGUUUUAACUUAUUUUGUUGCAUUUUCAUUGUUUCAUUAUUAUGUAUGUUAUUUUGUAUUCAUCAAAGAAACAUGUUUCUGUUACUUUGCAUCAUAUUUAAAUGUGUUUCAAAUCUAGCUUAAAUCCUACUUAAUAUUAACAAAAUUUUGAAUUUUUAAAAUGGGUUUUAAGUACUACAACUAUUGCCAUAUUUAAAUCACGAGCCUGAAUUUAAUAUUUCUUUAUUAUUUGAUAACAAUAGUCACAUAAAGUACUUUAAAAGUCAUUGAGUCCAUUUAGUAAACUAAUUAAUUAUAUUAAUAUUUUAGUUCAUUGUAAACCAAUUAAAUUUAUUUGGAUAUAAAAUUCUUGUUAUGUAUGUAAUAUCUGUAUGUAAAAUCUGCAUUUUUCUUUUCAAAUAAAUAUUUUACCUUGAAGAUAGAAAAUCAGAUGAAAUAAUAAUUUUAAUUUGGUGCUUUCAUUAAGUUUAGGAAUAUAACAUUGUUUUUCUUAUAUUACGUGUACAUAGUCUUAUUUUGAUGUUUCCUUCCUCUUCUUCCUACACAUGCCUGUUUGUUUCUGGAACCAUCUGAUUGACCUUUGGUGGUUAAUUUACUGUUGUUCAUCUUACUUUGCAGGAAUAUCAUAUGGGAUUAUGUUUACAAUAAACAAAUAAAUACCG